UCAUCACUUUGAUUACUCCUUGUGUGUUCACAUUGUUUUUUUCCCCUUUUCCAUUCAAACUUCAAAUACUUUCACACCUGAAAAAAUCUGUGUCUUCUUUACUUAUUAAUGCAAACUUUUUCCCUUGUCAUUUCCUCCUCAUCCUCAUCGCCUUCUUCAUGCUCAUCAAUCCACGUCCCAAAGUAAAAAAAACUAGCCAACAUUGAUCACAACUCAGACAUGAAACGUGGUCAUCAUGAGGUUGCUUCUUCUUCUUCUUCUGAGCCUUUACCGCGAAGGUUAUGGGUGAAGAACAGGUCGAAUGCAUGGUGGGAGCAAUGCAGUCGACCUGAUUUCCCCGAGGAGGAAUUCAACAAGGCUUUCCGAAUGAGUAGAGCUACAUUCGACUAUAUCUGUUCCGAACUGGAACCGGUCGUAACGAAAAAGGACACAAUGCUACGUCUGGCGAUACCUGUUCGCCAGAGGGUAGCCGUAUGUAUAUGGAGAUUGGCUACAGGAGCACCACUCCGCGAGGUUUCCAAGCGAUUUGGGCUUGGUAUAUCCACUUGUCAUAAGCUCGUGCUCGAGGUGUGCACAGCUAUAAGAGGUGUGUUAAUGGCUAAGUUCGUACAAUGGCCUGAUGAGACAAAGAUGGAGCAGAUUAAACGCGAAUUUGAAGAGCUGUCUGGGAUAGGAAAUGUAGGUGGAUCAAUGUAUACCACACACGUACCAAUCAUCGCGCCAAAGGAAAGUGUCACGAGUUAUUUCAACAAAUGGCAUACAGAGAGGAAUCAGAAGACAUCCUAUUCGGUUACAGUACAAGGGGUGGUUGAUUCGCGAGGGGUUUUCACUGAUGUUUGCAUCGGUUGGCCUGGUUCGAUGACGGAUGAUCAAGUGUUGGAGAAAUCAGCCCUAUACGAAAGAGCAAACAGAGGAAAUUUGAAUGACAUUUAUGUUGUUGGUAGUUCAGGCUAUACAUUAACAGAUUGGAUGUUGGUUCCAUUUACGCACCAGAAUCUAACAUGGACACAACAUUGUUAUAAUGAGAAAGUUGAUCACAUCUCGAAAGUUGCUAAAGAAGCAUUUAUGAGAAUGAAAGGUAGAUGGAGUUGUUUACAGAAAAGAACAGAAGUGAAACUUCAAGAUCUGCCUGUUGUUUUGGGAGCUUGUUGUGUUUUACACAACAUUUGUGAAAUGAGAAAUGAAGAGUUUAAUCAAGAAUUAAGGUUUGAUUUGUUUGAUGAUCAAGUUGUUCCACAAAAUGUUGUGAAAUCAAUCAAUGCUUUGAAGGUUAGAGAUCAAAUUGCUCAUGAGCUCUUACACCAUAGUCAUUCUAGCAGCGCGUUGUACUGAAGCUCCUGUUAUGAGCGGAGUCCGAGGAAAAGGACAGGUGAACUGAACCUCCUGUUAUGCGCGGGGUUCGAGGAAAAGGACGGGUGAACUGAAGUGCAGAGUACGAGGAAUUCCCAUGAUGAAAAUCGAAAUUAUUCAAGAUUUUGUUUACUAUUUUAGAGGUUGAAAGCAAGUUCUUUCCAUGGCUUAUUGAAGUCAUGUUAUAAGAAUAACUUAUUAUUAAUUAAUCUUCAUAGAAGAGGUUUAUAUAUAUAUAUAUAGAUUUAUUUCUUUAUCAUAGAAAUUUUGAAGAAAACAAUUGGAAUUAUUUUCAUGC